UCCGCAAACUCUCCCGUGGCUCCUGUGAAGGUUGAGAAAGACAGGUUGCACAUUCUGCGGACUGAAGACUUUACCGAGUGCUGUAGGACAUGCAUAGAAAUUCGCGAACUUUUGAUGAUGAAACUUCUCGUUGACUUUGCUGUUUCGAAGCGUAUCACAAUAGGUACUUAGCCGGCAUCCAAGCAAGCAUAGUGAGUGGAGCUUCGCUAAAGAGAUGUGUACAUGUAUCCGUGCCGACAUCCCUAACAUACAUAUCCAGGGUCCGUUGGCCAAGACAUUGAGUCCCUCUUCAGAACAACAGCAGAGCUGUCUUCUACAUCCUCCCCCUCGUUCGACAUCGCCGUGUUCCUUCCAGUGUUCCAACUCGCCCCAAUGGAAGUUUCCACGUAAUUUCCUAUUCCUUAGCCUCCCUACAGCGCUCCCGUCGUAACGUAGCUACGUUUGGGUGCUUGCCCUCCGCGCCCGCGACCGCAACAAGCCCGCCACCAUGUUCCGAUACCGUCGCUAUAGAGUCUUCCUCGUUUUCGCCGUUUUCGUUCUUUUUGCGCUAUACAAAUUUAGUAGCUCGGGCGCGUCAUGGUCAGACGCAAUCGAACGAGUACAGCAGGGGAAGGGAAAGAGCGACGGCUCAUUGCCUGUACCAUGGGAGCCGAAUCCCAAGCCCGCGCAAGAUACGAACGGACUCGAGCUUGAUAUUCCAGCUGCAAAGAUCCCCCAGGCCAAACAAACGCCUCCGCCGCCGGUUGCUCCCGUGGACCGGCCAAUCGACACGAAGCCUGGUGCGUUGCCCAGCUUUGAGAAUGGACCGGUUGUGCCUCCUGUAGACAAUAUAUACGGAACUCCGUCGCCUGUGCACUGGAAGAAGAAGAGCGACCACUUCCCUGUCGCGACCGAGUCUUUUGUAAAACUACCAACUGGGAAGCCGAAACCAAUUCCCAAGGUACAAUUUAAAUUCAAGCCGGAAUCGUCGUUGCAGAAGACAGAUCGCGAAUACAAGCUUGGCGUUAUACGUAGUGUUUUCAAGCGCUCGUGGGAUGGCUACAGAAAGUUUGCAUGGCUGGAAGAUGAGCUGAAGCCUCAAUCCAAUACCUCCAGAAACCCCUUUGCAGGUUGGGGCGCCACAUUGGUAGAUGCGCUGGAUACGCUGUGGAUAAUGGGGCUGAAGGACGAAUUCGAUGAAGCUGCGAAAGCUGUAGAUCAGAUCGAUUUCACAACGACUACCAGAUCCGAUAUUCCGCUGUUCGAAACUACGAUACGAUAUCUAGGAGGUUUGCUGGCCGCCUACGACAUUAGUGGUAAGAAGUAUAAGAACUUAUUGACGAAGGCCGAGGAGCUGGCCGAAAUACUUCUCAGUGCGUUUGAUACGCCCAACAGGAUGCCGGAGUUAUACUUCUAUUGGAGACCUGAUUUCACUGCGAAGCCACAUCGAACGAGCAAUCGCGCUGUACUGGCCGAAAUUGGCUCCCUUUCCAUGGAAUUUACUUAUCUUACCCAACUUACUGGUAAAAAUGAAUACUAUGAUGCGAUCGCACGCAUUACAGAUCAUCUUGAGAAGUAUCAAAAAGAGACUAGACUGCCCGGAAUGUGGCCUGUCUACAUUGAUAUUUCCGGCUGCAAGAGAAUUGAUUAUUCCGUACCUGCUACAAAGCCACAACAAAAUCCACUGAUGAAGGACCCCAUCAAAACCCCAAGUAAACCGCCCAGUGUUCCACAUUUGAUGGGGCCGCAUGCUGCGCCGCCCCUUUCAGAAAAUCCGGAUUUUGCAUUAGAUCCCGAUUCCGAGUUCGCACCCGCACCCCAGGAAGACCCCCGGAAAGACAAGAAUGCACCUAUGGUCAGGCCGGUCGAAGGAUCACCAGCUGCUCCAGGCGAAAAAUUGUCGCCCGGCGGCCACAAAUACGUACCUUUAGAGCUACCGUCUCCACUUGUACUAAAGCCUGGAGAUGAAAAAUUGGACAAAACCCCCAUCAAGGAGCGACCGCUGGCUCAGGGAGCUGUAGCCCCUCUUAACAAACGGCAGGCCGUUCAGGACGAUGAAGAGACUGUCUUAGUAAAGCCACCUGCACCGGCGGCUUUCACGCCCACUGCCACAAAAGACGAAGGGGAAAAUGAGGAAGCUACCCCUGCAGCAACUCGUCCAGUAUGCGAGGAAAUAGGAUUCGCAUCCACCUCCGAGUAUUCAGUCGAAGAGUAUAGCCUUGGAGGCAUGUCUGAUUCCACUUACGAAUACCUUCCCAAACAAUACGCACUUCUUGGGGGGCUCGUUGAGAAAUACCGUGCCAUGUAUGAAGCCUCCGCCAAGACAAUCAAAGAGAACCUGCUGUUCCGGCCUAUGCUCCCCGAUUCCCUUGAUGUCCUCAUCGCUGGCAAAUUACACGUUAGUCCCGUUCCAUCCGAUACUUCGAUUAGCAACCUCGACAUGACACUGGAGCCUCACCAAGAGCAUCUGACUUGCUUUGCAGGCGGAAUGUUUGGCCUGGGUGCUAAACUCUUCAACCGUCCGGAGGAUCUUGACAUUGCUAUCAAAAUGACAGAGGGAUGCAUACAGAACUAUAACAUGACUACUACAGGCAUUAUGCCUGAAGGAUUCGAUCUCAUACCUUGCGAUAACAUGAAGAGCUGUGAUUGGAAUGAGACGAAGUAUUGGGAGAAACUGGACCCCAGGCACGAAAUAAGGAUGCAGCAGUACAAGGAGGCCAUGGUUUUCUAUGAAGCGGAAAUGGCCAGUGCAAGCUCAUUCUACAACGAACAACUCCAGGCCAUGAAAACUGCAGCCCCCGAGCCUGCUGGAGGUGUUCUGAAUAAGAACAUUGCCGCAGCUGUGCCUACACCUACUCCUGGCGUUGGUGUGCUUACAGAAAAUUCGAAGAGACAAUUGGACGACAGUGAAGACUCCCAUGAGAGGAAAAUGGCAAUCGGUGGUCAUUUAGGGGGAGGCGCCCAACCACCCACCAAAGUGAUGCCAGCAGAUUCGGAAUUCCCGCCGCCCAGUCCAACACUCCCAGAAUUCCCAUCAAUCUUUUCUCCCAGAUAUCCUGCCUCGCACGAAGAGUAUGUUCAGGCUCGGUUGGAGGAGGAGAGGCUUCCGGCCGGCGUGGUUUCCAUGUCGUCUCGCCUCUAUAUUCUUCGACCGGAAGCCAUAGAAUCUGUGUGGUAUAUGUAUCGCAUCACUGGAAACCCUUAUUAUCGUGAAGCUGGCUGGAAGAUGUUCGAAGCAGUCAAUGCAGCCACCACAGCCCAGUAUGGAAACUCAGCUAUCGAUGACGUGACGAAAAAGACUCCCCUCCUAAAAGACGAGAUGGAAAGUUUUUGGUUGGCCGAGACGUUGAAGUACUUUUAUCUGUUAUUCACGGAUGAAAGCGAGAUCAGUUUGGACGAGUGGGUAUUGAACACGGAGGCACAUCCUUUCAGACGGCCGUCGUGA